AUGAUCAAUUUAGAAAGGCCAGGGGAAGAGGUUAAAGAUAAAAACACCAAACAAAACUUAAAAAGGAGAAUUUCAAGGCUGAUUUUAGAUAUAAACCCUUCUUUAACAGAACAAGAAACUUUUGAAAGGUUUCCGGGAUCGCAUCCUGUUUCUUUUACAAGAGAUCUAUUGGGCGCAACAUGCCAAUAUCUGAUUUGUGAAAAGACUGAUGGGGUGAGGUAUCUUUUGUUUAUCCCUGCUAUACCAAAACUUAGAGGGAUUGUAGAGGUUUUUGCUUAUCUUGUUGAUAGGAAGUUUGCGUUUUGGAAGGUGGCUAUUUAUAAGAAAAAUGCCAUGCUCAGAAUGAGUCCACUUCUAAUAACUCUUCUUCAUCACGAAUUUUAUUAUCAUAGGGCACAGCUUUCCUAGUGCACCUUUAUUUGGAAUACCAAAUAUGGCUUAAAUCAUAGGAUUAGAAUUUGGCCCAUGAAAACAGAGGCAUAAGGUUUUACUCCUCCUGGCAUUUAUGAGGAUGGAGACUCUUAGGCUGAGCGCAUAAAGCAGUUAAGUCCGGCGAGGCAAUCCAUCCCAUGAUUUUUUUUAGUGAGCUUGCGGCUCAUUGUAUAUGGAUAGCUCCCGCUUAAUAAAAUGGGUUACGUAGGAAUGCCUAUCAAUGCCGCUAGUGGGAGUCAAAAGGUGGUCUUUACCGAUAUUAAGACUGCGAGUUAUAAAUAUUAAUUAUUAUAAUGUAAUGGAAGGUGGUUCUUUAUAUCCCAGGGAAUAUGCUGACUGGGGAUAGUUUAUUCGAUGUUGAGCUUGUCAUAGAUUAUGCUGCUAUAAAAUAAUUUUGAUAUUGUAUGUAUAUUCUAUAGAGAUUAUUGCCUGCUAAUAAUUAUGAAAAUAAAAAAAAUAUUUCUUCCCAAUUAAAUAGCAAUUAUAUAUAACACUGAUAUCAGAUUAUUAGUUUUCGAUACUCUUUAUGCAAGAGGGAUGUGCUACAUGCUUAAUAAUUACUAUGAAAGGCUGAGAGCGGCAUGGCUUGAGCUAAUAUAUCCAAUUCGUGAAAGUGGGACUAAAUCAAAAAACGCAAUUGAGCUAUUUUUGAAAGAUUUUUAUAGGACUGAUGAUAUAGAUUUCCUCGUGAACUCUAUACAAACCAGGCUCCCACAUGCAACUGAUGGGAUAAUUUUUACUAGAGUUGAUGCUCCUUAUAUUGUUGGAACAAACAGCAAUAUAGUUAAAUGAAAACCAAAUAACUUGAAUUCAGUAGAUUUUAUUAUAAAGCCAAGCCAAAAUGAUGGAAUUUACAAUCUUUUUACCAAAAAUUUGAAAAUUAUUGAAAAAUUUGGGGAAAUUGAAAUAUUUGACGAAGAGCAAAGAGAAAUAAUUAAAUAUAACCAAAAUCUUAUUGCGGAGUGCUGCUAUUUAGAUGGAAAAUGGAAGAUUCAUAAGAUUAGGACAGAUAAAGAUACCCCAAAUACAACUCUUGUCGCGCAAAGGGUUUUUAAGAGUAUAUCUGAUAAUGUGACCGUUGAAGAGUUAAUAGCUGCUUUCAAAGCAAAAUCGUUAAAAGCGCAUAAAUCUCAAUAA